AUCACACAAUUCCCACUAAUUCCCUACUUUUCCAUUUCAGUAUUUCCCCCAACUUCAUUUUACCUUCAUUAAUUGUCCUUCAUGGCCAACCUUGGAGCUAGAACUAAUGGAAUUUCAUCAAAUCAAGUUGAGAUUCCUAUGCAUGUAAAUGGUGUGGAGCCAAAACAAGGUGAAGAGAGCAACAUAGACUACUCUCAAAGGGCUCAGUGGCUUCGAGCCGCGGUGUUGGGAGCCAAUGAUGGGUUAGUCUCUGUUGCCUCACUGAUGAUGGGUGUUGGAGCUGUUAAGAAAGACAUCAGUGCAAUGAUUCUUGCUGGUUUUGCAGGACUAGUUGCUGGGGCUUGUAGCAUGGCAAUUGGAGAGUUUGUCUCUGUGUACACUCAGUAUGACAUAGAGAAGGCUCAGCUCAAAAGAGAGAGUGAGUCAAACAACAAUAGAGGAGUGAAUGAAGAAGCUCAAAGGGAGAAGCUUCCAAAACCAUUUCAGGCUGCACUAGCAUCAGCACUGGCAUUUUCUGUUGGUGCUUUGGUGCCAAUGCUAGCAGCUGUGUUUAUAAGGAGUCACAAGGUUAGAAUGGGAGUUGUUGCUGCUGCUGUUAGCUUGGCAUUGUUGGUGUUUGGAGGGGUAGGAGCAGUUCUUGGAAACACUCCAGUGAAGAGGUCUUGUCUUAGGGUUCUUAUUGGAGGUUGGAUGGCAAUGGCCAUAACAUUUGGUCUCACCAAAUUGAUUGGCUCUGCUGAACUCUGAGUGUCAUUAACUAAUUACUAGUCAUUUAAGUCUCUUGCAUAUUCACUGGGUACCUUAGUUUUAAGUGCAAUCCCAUAUUAAUUAUUAGUAAUGUUUUUCAUUUUGGUUUUGGUUGUGAUGUUUACUCAUGCUAGUAUUACUCUUUAAUUACUAGAUUGUGGCUGCUUUGUUUAAGUGAUGAACAUGAGUGUGUUUUCACACUACAUAGCUGUCCCCAGGGAUUUUAGGGUUCGUUGCGUUUUCUUAGAUAUCUUAGAUCUGUAUUUGGAGUGUUUGUCAUGUAUGUGUCUCUUUUUACCGAAUAGAAGUGUAAAACGUGCAUGUGGAACUGUCAUAUGCAAAGAAUUAAUGCAUUAUAUAUUUUUGUAUCAA